AUGGUGAAGGAGCUUCCGAUUCAUCAAAGAGCAGAUGCAGUGAGUAGCUUGGUAUACGAAGCGAACGCAAGGGUUCGUGACCCGGUGUAUGGAUGCGUGGGAGCCAUAUCAUACCUUCAGAACCAAGUCUCAGAGCUUCAAAUGCAGCUUGCUGUUGCGCAAGCAGAGAUACUCUGCAUCCAGAUGCAGCAUGAACCCUCUGUAGCCGCAGCAAUACCCAAUCCACAACAAAUAAUGGAGUUUCAAGAACAGAACAAUAAUAAUAAUGAACUCACUCACCAUCACCAUCACCACCAUCAGUACCUUAACUUUGCAGCUUCUUCUAGCAAUGUAAUCCAUGAUUCUCUCUCUAGAGAGACUUUGUUUGGACAUGACAUGGUUUCUUAA